AACCGGAAGACAACGGGACCUACAUGAGUUAACCCUCCCUGCCGAUCGAUCUGCCUCUUCUCUCCCGAGUCCCGAGUCCCCCGGAUCGUCAGGGUUUACGGCCAGGGUCUUUCAAGAUUUCACCAAACUAGCUAGCGUUUACGGCCAGGGUCUCCUUCCGCUUCCAGAGGUGGUGGAGCGCCCGCCCGAGCGCAUGGCCGGCGGCGGAGAGUCGGCGCCGGCGGAGGCGGAGAUGAACCUGGAGUGCUUCGAUUUCGCGUUCAACUCGGAGAAAUUCUCCGACAGGAUGCUGCGGAUAGAGGUCGUCGCCAGUGACGACGUCGCUGAAGAGUCCCUGCCGGACCGCAAGGACAAAGGUCAUAAAAGACAGCGUAUUGACUCUUCACCAACCAUGAUAGGUACACCAGUUUUACGAGUAAAGACCCUUCAUAUCAAUUCCGCGAUUCUUGCUGCAAGAAGUGCUUUCUUUCUAAAGCUUUUCUCAAAUGGCAUGAAAGAAUCUGAUCAGAUGCAUCCAACAAUUAGGAUUGCUGAUUCAGAAGAACAUGCCCUUUUGGAGCUUUUAAGUUUUAUGUACAGGGGAACGUUGACAACAACUGAGCCCAGUCUUCUGCUCGAUAUCUUGAUGGCUGCUGACAAAUUUGAGGUUCCUUCUUGCAUGAGGCAUUGCAGUCAGUUGCUUAUAAGCUUGCCAAUGACCACAGAAUCUGCACUUCUCUACCUAGACCAUGGAUGCUCCAUUUUAUUGGCAGCUGAAGUUCAGCGUGUGAUAGGUACAGCCAAGCAAUUCAUUGCCAAGACAUACAGGGAUUUUGAUAAGUUCCGUGAUGAAGCAAUGAACUUCUCUCUUGCUGCGAUCGAAGCCAUCUUUUCAAGUACUGACAUUCAUGUGAGAUGCGAAGAGCAAGUGUUUCAUUUCUUGCUCCGUUGGGCCCGUACACGGUACUUAGAAUCAGAGGAAAGACGCGAGAUCUUGAAUUCCCGUUUGCUUCCGCUUGUGCGCUUCAGUCACAUGGCUGGUACGUCACUGCAGUGGAUCCUAACAUUGACUGAUACUGACAUAGACCAUGAGGAGGUAACUAAGCGUAUUACUGAGGUACUUCUACGCAAAGGUUACCCAGCACAGCUUGAAGGGGCUCUUGCAGCAGACGCAGAGCGAGCUUACACAAUGAAACCUAUGAAAGUGGUUGCGUUUGAUCAACCCUGCCGACAGGUUAUAGUUUACUGGGAUCUAACGCGCCAAGAGUGCUCCCGACUCCCCCGGUCAGGAAGGAAACUGUCUGGGGAGAUAUUUUCGUACCCGUUCAACCUCGCGGGGCAGAAGUUCUGUCUCGUGGCACUAACUGGAAUGGACGAGCAGAAUAAGUUACAACGCAUUGGCCUUGUAUGGAUCCACAGGGAACCGAAGGGAUCGACAUGCAUAACAGUAGAUUAUGAGUUUGCUGUGAGGACAGAAUUGACAGGGAAAUUCGUCAGCCAGUUUGACAGGAAGCACACCAUUACUUAUGAUCCGGCACGUGAAGGCAAGGGUCCCUCGAGGACUGAAGGGUCGUGGUUCAUUUGUGAUGAUAGACACUUCAUCAACGAUGUGCUGCAUCUGAGAGCUGAUAUAACGGUGGUGGAGCAACCGGUACUACAGACUUGAUUAUUUCUCACUCAGCAAAGUUAGACUGUGUGGCAUCAGUAGUUUUGUUUGAUGGGAUCGCAGUUGUAAUAUGGGAUGUUUUUUAUUUUUCGGCUCGGCCGGGUUCAUUGUGAGGAAUGGCCAGCCUGCUGCUAGAAGAGCAACUGGAGCUGUUAUUGCUGACGGCAAUUUACGAAGUUCCUGGAGUCUGAAGCUGUAGGUGCAAGUCUUGAUGAAAAGCUGAAGAAAUUCGAUUGGCUCGACCGGUGGCUAGUUGGCUACUGCAAGUUUGAACUUGUGCGUCUGUUUGUGCUGACUUUGUAGUACUCCUUUCGAUCCAUGUUAGUUGUCGCAAAUUUGUCCAAAUAUGGAUGUAUCUAUGCCUAAAAAGUAUCUAGAUACAUGUAAUAUUUCGACAAUUAUUAUGGAUCAGAGGGAGUAUUUGAUAUUCUGGAUGUUA